AUGAGAGUAGGGAGGAGGGUGAUUAGAGUAGGGAGAAGGGUGAUGAGAGUAGGGAGAAGGGUGAUGAGAGAAGGAGCGGAGAAGGGUGAUGAGAGUAGGGAGAUGGGUGAUGAGAUUAGGGAGAAGGGAUAUGAGAGUAGGGAGAAGGGUGAUGAGAGUAGGGAGAAGUGUUAUGAGAGAAGGAAGGAGAAGGGUGAUGAGAGUAGGGAGAAGGGUGAUGAGAGUAGGGAGAAGGGUGAUGAGAGUAGGGAGAACGGUGAUGAGAGUAGGGAGAAGGGUGAUGAGAGUAGGGAGAAGGGUGAUGCGAGUAAGGAGAAGGGCGAUGAGAGUAGGGAGAAGGGUGAUGAGAGUAGGGAGAAGGGUGAUGAGAGUAGUGAGAAGGGUGAUGCGAGUAAGGAGAAGGGUGAUGAGAGUAGGGAGAAGGGUGAUGAGAGUAGGGAGAAGGGUGAUGAGAGUAGGGAGAAGGGAGAAGGGAGAAUGGAGAUGAGAGUAGGGAGAAGGGAGAAGGGAGAUGAGAGUAGGGAGAAGGGUGAUGAGUUUGGGAAGAAGGGUGAUGAGAUUAGGGAGAAGGGUGACGAGAGUAGGGAGAAGGGUGAUGAGAGUAGGGAGAAGGGUUAUGAGAGGAGGGAGAAGGGUGAUGAGAGUAGGGAGAAGGGUGAUGAGAGUAAGGAGAAGGGUGCUUUUCCCUACGCCUAUUGA